GUAAAAUGUGUCAAUUUCCACCGGACAGUAGAGACUCCGUGGAGGAACGACAGACCGGGGACAGACAGACGAGCUGCAGACCGACACCGCGACAUCCUGCACAAUCUCCCCGGGGGAUGUGUUUGAUUCGCCGGCCUGUGUGCUGAGGGAGACACCGCAGAGCUCAAUCUGAAGACCUGCAUCGCAUCAUCACAGAUAGAAAGCGAGAGGAAGGAUGGUCACUGUGGAAACCCCGGAGGCUCCUGUACCUCUGACGGCGCUGUCACGCUGGUACCUCUACGCCAUCCAUGGCUACUUCUGCGAGGUCAUGUUCACGGCCGCCUGGGAGUUUGUGGUGAACUGCAACUGGAAAUUCCCCGGCGUGACGAGCGUGUGGGCGCUCUUCAUCUAUGGCACCUGCAUCCUCAUCGUGGAGCAGAUGUACCUGAAGCUGCGCGGCCGCUGCCCCGUGCUGCUGCGCUGCAUCAUCUACACUCUAUGGACGUACCUGUGGGAGUUCGGCACGGGGCUGCUGCUGCGCCAGUUCAACGCCUGUCCCUGGGACUACUCCGAGUUCCGCUACAACUUCAAGGGACUGAUCACGGCAGAGUACGCCGUGCCCUGGUUCUGUGCAUCCUUCAUCGUGGAGCGCCUGGUGAUCCGCAAAACGCUGCGGCUGCGGUUCCACGAGGGGCCCGAGGACGGCUGGUCAAACCAGCUACUGGCUGCUGGAGCAGGAGGAGCUGCGGGUGGCGGGAGGAGGAGAGAGAGGAGCAGGGGGGCGGGAAAUGAUGCCAAUGGCUACCUUAAAGGAGAAUGAAUGAACACAAUCUGAAACCAGCCCGAUCGCCCUGCUACACCUCCUCUCCCCUCUUCAGCCACUUUUCAUAAGCAGUUCUCCCCCAUCACAUGUAUGGGGUCCUGUGCACUGGGCUGGCGUGCAGAGGUGUUAAGAGUAUCAGAACAGCCAGAAAACAAAAACCUAACUGAGGCUUCAAACGCCUCAAAUCACUCACUGUGCUCUCUACUGUCAACAGAGACACAAUAACUCCAUGCUGCUGUGUCCGCUGCAUCUCAUAACGCACCCACCCAUUUCCACGUGGGGCUGAGAUCAAGGUCUUCAAUGACCUGGAUUAAACUGUCAGUAUCUCCUCUCCCGCAGACUGCAAAGACGUCUGUAUAAAAAAAAACACAAAAAAAAACACCAACUACUGUUACAAAGAUUAUUGUUAUCGUCCGGCGAAGGGAACAAACUAAGAACAUAUUUCUGUUUUUCAAGGGCACAUCAGUCUAUCUGAAAGCAGAACGCUUGAAGCAUAGAAAUCCUAAUAAAAAGUAGCUACAGCUGUAACAUGUUCUUUUUAAAAUGUACAUAUUGUCCUUUAGGAUUAUUCAAAGUACUGUAGUAAUGUAGCUACAAAAAGCUCGUAAGAACAUAGUGUCCACCCUGAGGCUCCGUGUGUCAGCUCACAUCACGACGAAUGUUUCUACCCACAA